UACCAGUAGCGGCAAGACUGUGCCCGUAUGUCAAAUUUGUUGUGUAUGUCAAAAUGUAAUUGCGUUGUACAGCUGUUAUCAAUUAACAAUAACCAGAGGUUGAAGGGCAGUGUGUCAGCUUUCCAAAAUGAAAACCAUCGAGGCGAAAAUCGUUGUUUUGGGCGCUCAAGGUGUAGGUAAGACUAGUAUGGUUGUCAGAUAUAUUGGUAAAAUGUUCAGCCAUCAUAUCAGCCCAACAAUUGGAGCAUCGUUCUUCACAUGCAAAAUAAAUAUUGAAGAUACAAGAGUAAAGCUGCAGGUUUGGGACACUGCUGGUCAAGAGAGAUUCAGAUCCAUGGCACCCAUGUACUACCGCAAUGCGAAUGCUGCCCUCCUUGUGUUUGACAUCACACAAUAUGACUCUUUCUUGUCUGUCAAAUCAUGGGUGAAAGAAUUGCAGAGGAAUGUUGAUGAACCAAUGGUGUUGAGUGUUGUUGGAAACAAAAUUGAUCUGUCAGAUGGGAGGAAGGUAUCUAAAGAAGAGGCCUCAGCAUAUGCAGAGUCUAUAGGUGCACGGUACUUUGAGUCAUCUGCUUUACAGGAUGAAGGUAUUGAGGAAGUAUUUUUGAAUACGGCAGUGGGUCUCAUACGUCUUUGUGAAGACUCCUCAUGUUCCAGCCUCAGAGUGUACGACUCCUCAGAAAGAAUGAGCCCACGGACCAAUGUUUUUCAUGAUCCUGCUUCUCCACCUUCACCACCAACUGUUACUCAACCGGUAGUUCAUACAGAUGUGCCUUUUGUACCAGCACAAGCUGAAGUAGAACGUUCUCCUUUCUGUUGUUGAAUGGCUUCAGUCAUGUUGCAUUUUAUUGUAAUCAAAAUGACUGAUUCCACAUGGUUACCCUAACAUUUCACAAGUACGAAAUAUUAGUGAAAACUGUGAAGCAAAAAACAUUACAAGUAUGUUGGUUAAUGAUUGGAGUAAAUAUUGAAUGGCAUAAUUAUAUUACUGUGAAUAUAAUUAUCCCCAUGACAGGUAUUUCGUAUAGUGACACAAUGAUCAAUAGGGAAGGAGAAUUAUUCAUGUGUACAUGAAUUUACAUUUACACUUGUAUUCCACAAGAUACUGUGCAGUGUGUGGUGGUGGUACAUACUGUACCAGUAUAUUGUUGAAGUAGAUGAAAA